GGGGUUCCUGAGGAGGAACGGAAGGGGGGCCGAGGAGGUGACGGCCGCGGGGGCGGAGGGGCCGCGCGCUCUUCUUUUUCGCCCCCGCUCGCGGGUGGCGCGAGGCCCUGGGAGAGCAGGGAGGCCCCUUCCUCACACUCGCGCUUCCCGUGGGUCUUUCUCAUCCCCUCCCCCGGUCAGCGUGCUGCUUGUCCUCUUCCCUUCCGAGGAGGGGACGGUGGGGCCUCCUCUCCGUCCCCUCCCGCCCACUCGCGCCUCCUGGGGCUGCAGCUGCUGUUGCCUCAAGUGAAAACCGGGAUCCUGGACCCUCCUUGUGUUCUGGGCCUGGAGACGCCGGUGGGGGAGGGGAUCCUCACCCCCUCCCUCUCCUACUUACCUUCCCCUCCACAGGCAAUAAAAGGAUACUAAUGGGAGAGCCAUUCUUUUGAAAUUCAGGACUUCUGGGCUGGCUGACGUUAUGGAUGAGCAGCAAGCUUUGAAUUCAAUCAUGCAGGAUUUAGCAGUCCUACAUAAGGCAAGUCGUCCCAUGUUGCCUCUACAAGAAACUGGCAAAGGGAAAUCACCUUCACCAAAAAAACAGAAUGACAUUCGAGUCAAAUUUGAACAUCGAGGCGAAAGAAGAAUUCUGCAGUUUACUAAACCUGUCAAGCUAGAAGAUCUUUCAUCAAAAGCUAAAGUUGCCUUUGGACAGUCCAUGAGUUUGCAUUACAGCAAUAAUGAGCUGGUAAUCCCGUUAACCACCCAAGAGGACUUGGACAAAGCUAUUGAGCUCCUUGAUCGCAGUGUUCACAUGAAAAGCCUCAAGAUAUUGCUUGUUGCCCAUGGAAACAACCAGGGUAACAUGGAGCCUUUGCCAUCAUUGGAAGACUUGGAUAAUACAGUGUUCAGAGUGACAGAGAGGAAGAGCAGGCUUUCUGUAAUAGGUUAUUAUGCUCGUGAUAGAAGCUCACCCCCUCCAGGAUACAUUCCAGAUGAGCUGCACCAGGUGGCCCGGAACGGGUCAUUCACCAGUAUCAACAGUGAGGGAGAGUUCAUUCCAGAAAGCAUGGACCAGAUGUUGGACCCAUUAUCACUGAGUAGUCCUGAAAACUCUGGCUCUGGAAGCUGCCCCUCUCUUGACAGCCCCUUAGAUGGAGACAGCUAUCCCAAAUCUCGAAUGCCAAGAGCACAGAGCUAUCCAGAUAACCACCAAGAAAUUUCUGAUUAUGACCUCCCAAUAUUUGAGAAGUUUGGAAAAGGUGGAACUUACCCUCGAAGGUAUCAUAUUUCAUACCAUCACCAAGAUUACAAUGAUGGCCGUAAAACUUUUCCAAGGGCUAGAAGGACCCAGGGAAACAGCCUACGCUCCCCAGUUAGUUUCAGCCCAACAGAUCACUCACUGAGCACAAGCAGCGGGAGCAGUGUUUUCACUCCAGAAUAUGAGGAUGGCCGGAUGCGGAGAAGAGGAAGCGACAUAGACAAUCCUACCCUGACUGUAAUGGAUAUCAGCCCUCCUAGCCGCUCACCGAGAGCACCAACAAAUUGGAGACUUGGUAAAUUAUUGGGCCAGGGUGCAUUUGGCAGAGUUUACUUGUGCUAUGAUGCGGACACAGGACGAGAACUGGCUGUCAAACAAGUUCAGUUUGAUCCUGAUAGCCCAGAGACCAGCAAGGAAGUGAAUGCACUUGAAUGUGAGAUUCAGCUGUUGAAAAACCUACUGCAUGAGAGGAUUGUUCAGUAUUAUGGCUGCUUGAGGGACCCCCCAGAAAGAACACUCUCUAUAUUCAUGGAAUAUAUGCCAGGGGGCUCAAUUAAAGAUCAGCUGAAGGCGUAUGGUGCACUUACGGAAAAUGUGACUCGAAAGUAUACCCGGCAGAUUUUGGAAGGAGUUCACUAUUUGCACAGUAACAUGAUUGUACAUAGAGAUAUUAAAGGAGCAAAUAUUCUUCGGGACUCCGCAGGAAAUGUUAAGUUGGGUGAUUUUGGUGCCAGCAAGCGACUGCAAACAAUUUGUCUUUCUGGCACGGGAAUGAAAUCUGCCACAGGAACUCCUUACUGGAUGAGUCCGGAAGUUAUCAGUGGAGAAGGUUAUGGGAGGAAAGCAGAUAUCUGGAGUGUAGGCUGUACAGUGGUGGAAAUGCUCACUGAAAAACCGCCCUGGGCAGAGUUUGAAGCCAUGGCAGCCAUCUUUAAAAUUGCCACCCAGCCAACCAAUCCCCAGCUGCCACCACACGUCUCAGAUCAUGGUCGAGAUUUCCUAAAGCGUAUUUUUACCGAGGCAAAGUUACGACCAUCAGCGGAUGAACUGCUAAGACACACAUUUGCACAUUAUCACUGAUGGCCCGCCUCAACUCAGCUCUCACCUACUGCGUUUAGUUUCUUACUGCACUUUGGGUUUUUUGUUCUUUUACGCCAAGUUGAGAAAAGACAAUAGAGAACUUUUCUCUUGAUUAUUUUGUAUAGAUUGUUAACAAUCUCUUUUUUAUUUUAGAAUGCAGAUUGUGUUCUCCAUUUAGAGGUAGAAUCUGUUUCUUUCAGCAAUGUACUGAUGUGGUUCGCAUUAAGCACUUUAGUACAUAUUCAUUCCUGAUUUAGGUGGGGGUGGGUGGGGCGGGAAUAGUUUGGACUGUCAGGAAUUGUCAUUUUUUUCUAGCCUUGCUGACUAACUUCAGAUACAGAGGAAAUAUACAAGUUGCUAGCAGAUGGAAGAAGAGGAAAAUAUGUUUAAUUGCUCUUUCUAGUAUGUAGGUCAUUACCUUUAGUGGUCUUGGUUGUGCUUCAGUUUCUAAAUCAGUCUUUCAUAUGUAGAAAGUGAUAUGUAAAGCUGAAACAUUCUUCAGGGCAGGGUGCAUUGUGGAAAUGAUGGCAUCUGACUAGCAUAUUCCAAGUAAGCAUUUUAUGAUUUCUUCUUAAGAUAGACAAGAAAGUCCCCCUAGCUGACCAGUUCAAGGGUCAUGUAGGAGUUGCAACAUUCUGAUGCAUGGGGAGUACAGAUCACGAAUCUUAGGUACACAGAUUACUGUAGAUAAGUAUUUCUCUAGAAUACAAACCUUGAAGGAUAGUGUCUCCGUAGCUAGGGAACUAACUGGCUGUGUGGAAUAAUCACGUUUUGAGUUGACAGCUAGUUCAUCCCAAAGUGCAUGCAUCACAUUCUCCAUACGUUGACUUUCAUGUUUAAAAGGAGCAUGUUUCUAGUCUCCACAGUGGAAGUCAGCUUUAAAAAUCAAAGCCAGGGUUUGCUAAGAUGUGAGACUAGAAGAGAUCAGGGUGGGGCAUCAAUAGGAAGUUUUAAGGAUGUUUCACAAUUGACUGUACAAGCCUGACCUACUGUCCUAUCUGUCUUGCCCUGUUGUGUAAUAUUGCAUAAGAUCCAGUCUUCCCUUUUCUGUCUCUCUAUUCUGUUACAAUUUAGAAUACCUAGCUUAGAAUGGGUAGCAGUAUCUAAAAUAAGCUUACCAUUACUGAUGAUGUUGAACAGGGUUGUGUCGAUAAAAUUCACAUUUGAUCUCUCGAGGAAUAGUAUUUGCAUCAUGGUGAGCAUGCAGAAUUUGGUUUUCCAAGUUGUAGAAUUCUAGCUUUUGACAUAGAGUAGACAAAAUUAUUUAUUUAUUUAUUUAUAAUUCAUUAUAAUAUCUUUAUUCCACCUUUUCAACUUGCUGAGUUCCAAAGGUGACUCACAAAUUAAAGUACAGAACCGAACCAUAAUUGUAAAAAUCCAUGGGCGUAUGAAAUAGAAAACACCACAAAGAACAAACUGAAAACACCACCAAAAGUGUGAGUAAAUUAGAUAGCUGUCACAUUGUGCCUAAACUUAAUAGACUUGGUGCCAUAUGAAUGUUUGUGGGAAGAGUAAUUCUCAGUUGAAGUGCCACCAUGGAAAAGACCCCUUCUCCAGCUGCCAGCCAUCGAACCUCAGAAAGCAGUACUCUUUAAAAGGCCCUCGGAAAACAAGUGCAAAGAAUGAGCAGACUCACUUGAAAAUAGGCAGUCUUUCAGAUUUACGUUCCUAAUUAUUAUAAGGCACAGGGAAGCUAAUUAAAAACAGCCUGGAUGCUCCUGUGCAUAUCUCUUAAGUAUUAGUAACAAAGAUUCAUAUUUGAGAUUAUUGUCACAAGUGAGUGUAUCUUAGUUCAGGCAUCUGAAUAUAAUAUUGUCUUCAAAAAUACAUGUAGAAUAUAAGUCUCCUGAGUUAUUUUAGUUAUUGGUGGCAAUAAAUCGUUGAAGGAUCAGAAGUUCCAUUUUAUAAAAGUGGUUAUCAAACUCCCAGGGAAAUCCUUGAGGGCAGCCUUUACAGAGGCAUCAAGGGCUGAACACUGAAGAACAACAGAUGUGUACAAAUCUGGCUGUAUUUUAUUAAUCUAAAAUAUUCUAUUCUUGAAACACAAUCCUGAGCAGCAGUGAAAUUCAGAACAAUUUUAACUAUGAGUGUGUGAGAGAGAGACUUGGGGCCAAGUGCAAACUGCUCUCAAUUUCAUGCCAAUCCAGAGAGGUAGCCCUUUAGUUUAUUAUAGCAAGAAUUUUAAAAUUGUCCAGUGGCACCUUAAAGACUAGCAAUAUUUACUCCAGCAUGAGCUUCUGCAAGUCAGCGCUCACUUCUUCAGAUGCAAUGCAGGCAUGGCUAAGGUCAGUGUUGAUGGUUUAAAGCAAGAAAGAGGGAUUUGCAUUGUCAAGGCCUUUUCUGCUUGACGAGUUUACAUCAUUUUAUGCUGUCAAAUGCAUGUGUUUUUUUUAUUUCUAUACAUCUUUUCUUCUGGGUUUUGAAACAUUUUCACUUUGUUUUUUUCUUCUUGUUUCUUCUGAGCACUUUAACAGUGAUUUCUUUUCAUCCAUUUCAGGGUGGACUUUCAAUGCAUUAGCGAAAUUCCCCAAACUUGUUUUUGCUCCUUCCCACCAAGUGCCCAGUCCUUGUCCAUGUACUCAUUUUUGGUUUUGUUCUUUGAGUGAGCAAGAGUGACACACAACAUUCAUGCAGGCUGCCCGCCUUCCCCUUUCUCUCCGCUCUCUCUUUUUCCCUUCUUCUACCUCUCCUCUGUCCCUGUACCAUCUUACCUAGUCCAAGUGGAGGUGGUGACAGCAGAAAAGGAACAAGUCGUGGUAGAUGAGAGCAGCCCCCCACCCACCCAUAGCUCCCCUGUUGUCCUCCUCCCCUUCAUUCAACUCGCUGGCUCCCUGUUCUCCCUCCUCUCGCCAUCUGUAGGUGGGAUAUUGAUGUGAAUUAAGACAGCUUUUUUGGCAGCUCUCUCACUCUCUUCUCUCUCUUCAUGUCCACCCCACCCCCCCACCCCCACCCCCGGGCCUGGAUUAUUGUUAUUGUCGUUGUUGCCCUCCCAUCCUUCUAUUCAUGUACUGUGCUAUUUUUAUUUUUUUAAUGAUAGAAUUAGUGAUAAAAUGAUAGAAUAAGUUAGCACUAGGACACAUAAGUCAUCCAGUGUGUAUUGCAUGGGCUAGUGUUGCUGAACUCUAGGGAGUGGGAGAAGUACUUGGUAUUUUCCUAUGGGAAAUGAAGCCUCUCCUCUCCCCCCCCCCCCAACUCAUCCACUUAGAUUUCCCAAAAAGACAAAAUGACACUUGGAAAAAAUGAGAAAAUUGAACUGUAUUAGCAAGGGAAAGACAGUUCACUGAUAGCAGCAUGUGCUGGCCACUUUUAAAUGUGUUAGGGCAAAGCAGGCUUGCAGCAACAAUGUGGAUUCAGAUUUUAGUAUUGGCAGGGUUGUUGAAUAAAUGUUGGUGGUCCUAAACAUAUGGUGGCUGAUGCUGUGGAUUUGGGCAUCCAUUUUGAGUAGGAAGCUUAAUGUGAUUGUUCAGUAGUACUAGAGUGCCUGUGCAAAAAGAAAAAAAGGACUGUCCUGCACUGUCACCUGCCCUGUCACAGUUGAUGUCUGACCCCACCAGGAACACUACUUUUUUUUUGCAGUACCAUGCAGAAUAAAUACAACUGAAAUGACAAGGGGGAAAGAUGCCAAAACUAUGAGGGCAAAGGAGGGAUGAUUGAUCAGAAAGCAUGAUUCAACCACUGGGAAAAUCUGGGUAAGCUGGGCAUGCAGAAAAGGCCAGAGGCUUGGGGGACCAUGUGUGAUCCUUUGACCAUGGCUAGGGGAUGAGGAUUAUUGUAUAUACACCAACCUAUAUAGUAAGAACAUAGAAUUUUGAGCAUCAGAUGGUGGUUGGACAAAAGGCAGUUGUGUUACAGGUCAUAUAAUGGACUUCUGCAAUAUUUCCAAAUUCUUCUAAAACACCAAUCGAGCUGUAACUAUGCAAACUGUGUCAAACAGGCAAAUUACGUAAAUAUGCAAAUGUGUGUGAUUUGAUCCACCAAUAGACUGGGGGUAGAUUGAGCUGAGAAACCUGGCAUGCCAGCAAUUCCAAGCAAGGGUCGGGGUUUUUAGAGUCAGAGCUCCUCAUUCUGUUCAUCGGUUGGUGUUUUAAAAUCUGGCAGGCGGACAAUCAUCACAGUCUCUCAGUGAUCUCAGUAAUAUGUUGCUGAAUCGAGCCCGAUUGAACAGAAGGAAGUCUUGCUCUUGCUGCAUAGCUUGAGGCGCAUGUUUAUAUCUUCCCUUCUCUCUGGACAACAACAGCUUUUAAAAAUUGUGCUGUUAACAACAUGAAUGACUUUUCAUAAAGUGGGUCAGACAGCGGUAACUGUCAGAAGUCUCUUGCUUACUCACGUAAACAUGCAGACUUUUAAAAAAUGUUAGUCUGGGAAUAUUCAUCUUAAGAUGCAUAGUAUAAAUGGGUGCUGGAAUAAUUAUCCAAUGGCUGGGUGACUUGGCUGUUUAACCAUGUAAAGAAAAGUGCUUUUAAUUGUAAUUUGACCUUAAGUGAGUUACAUGGGAGUUCGUUCCAUCACCUAUUGAGAUGCACAAAAGCCAAGACUGGGAGUGAGUGAGAAGUAAACUGAUUGGGACUAAACAGGCAACUUGAUGUUGGAUUGCAAGAUACAAGGCUGGCUUUAGGAAUCUGGAUCUGCCUUAACAUGUUUACCUUCAUUUGGUUACCAAUCAUCUGUGCCAAGGCUGCUGAUUCAGCUUCUAGGGGCCAAGGGCAAAUUUCAGUGAGAUGUGACAGUUGUCUUUCUCCCAUUCUUGUUCAUGGUGUGAUCUUGGCACAGGAGAGGAGUAAGAGUUCAUCUCAAGAGAGCCCUUCUAGUGGUGGUAGGAGCUGUAAGGACUGGGAUGCCUUCCUUACUAGACAAAACUUAGGAGGCCACUUGGUUUUAACCCUUGAAGGGCAGAGGACUUUACAUUUAAGCAAUUGGAAGGGACCUUUUAAAAUGUUAUUGUUGCUUAACACUGCAGGUACGACUGUGCUGAUUAAUGUGCAAGGACAUAAAAAGCUAACUGAGCAGAGUGUGAAGAGCUCUCUGAUAUAAUUAGAAACUUAGAGCAAGUGGAACAAAACCUCACUGAACCAAUUGGUCAUUAAAAAUAUGCCAAUGUUCAGAGUACGGCAUCUUAUGCUAUAGAUAGUCAUAGUUAAAGAAUACCCCAACAGAGGGUUUUAAAGCCAGACUUUUUGCCUGUCUGGAUGUGUGUAGUUCUUUAGGACAAAACAAGCCAACACCUGGAGCAGGCUAGACAAACAUGGGUUCCUGCCUUUCCAGGGCUCUGCCAACCUCAGUGGUACUGGACAUGAAAAAAAUGCCUUAUGAUUUCAGUUCACUUGCUGCAUAUUUUCCAUUCUCUAUUUAAUUUUUACACAACAGCCUGUUUAUUUAGGCCUGUUCGUAACUGAAGUAAUAGACUGUGCUGUAGCUCCCACUUUGUUCUAAAGAACAUCAGAGUCAUCUGUGAUCCAGAACAUGCAAACCACAUCUACAUUUGUUUUUCGCUCUGACUAAUUAAGUAUAAACAUGUAAUUUAACAGCUUAUGUAAUCUUAACAAGGUUGCUUCUGUUACCAAAAAGUACAAAAAAUAGACUUUGGAGAGAAUGUAAGUGCCAUGUCUAUGUACUUUAAAUCUGUGCUGACUUACUAAAAGGAACUAUUUGAAGGUUGUGGCAGCAUUCAGAUCCUCUCAUCAUCUACAUUGCACUGUACAAGUUGCUCUUCUAAACUGCAUUGCCACUGUCUUCCAGUGAUUGAAGAGAGAGAAAAAUGCUAACAGAAUAAGGUGACUGUUUUUGUGCCUUUAAAAAAACUACUGCAUUUUGUCUUGACAAUGGCAAUUUAAAAUACUGCUGAAAUACAAAUAUUGCUGAUAGGGGGUUCUCAAACUGAGCUACAUCCUGUACUGUUAUUCAGAUGGCAUUUACUUAGUUGAAAACCCACACUACUUCCAUGUUACAACUCAAGUAGCUUUGUGAUGUGGUAGGCUUAUUACUGCUCCUGGUUUUCCCUGAAGAUUGCAGAGGAGAAUUUCAAAUUACUAUUCUCUUCUUUCAGUCUGCUUGGGUGAUACAAAUAGCAUCUGGAAGGAUGCUUUUCUCUAUCUUGCUUGGGGAUUCCGUGGAUGGCAUUAAAUCAUAUGCAUAUCCUAUACCCUCAUGUAAACUUGUCACUGAAGCAAAAGGGCAUAAUUGGGAGAUUUACUGUUUGGCAGCAAGUCUGGUGGAAAGGAACCCAAAUAACCAUCGUUUGUUACCCAUCAAGAUUUUGAUAAAUAGGACAGAAAAAUACUUGUGUUAUUAUACUUAUAGUCUUUUCAAGAUGUAUAUUUUAAUGUCCCUAUGUCCCUAAUAUAAUAAGCUUAAAACAGCCACACAUAUCCAUCUCAGUGGAACAAAAUUGGAUUCCUGGAGAUUGCUAGUUUUAAUUUUAUAUGCCGUUUCAUAAGGAUCUAGUAGUGGAUGAACAGAAAUGUAGGAAGCAAUAUCCAAAUAACAUAGAGACUAUCGGAAAUAUUUCAAAAUCAUGGAUGUUUUGUGUUUUUAAUGGCAGAUAUGAGUCUAGCAGGUCACUGGAGGGAUGACAUACAUAUUUUUUAAACAAAUAGUAGAUGUAUUGAAAAAGUUGGUUUCAUAUUUGACACCUUGUUCAAUCAGAUAGAAUGAUGGCUACAUCAGAGUAAAAUGCUUCUCUGUGAGCAUAAAUUACCAUUCUGCCAUGUCUUUAAAAUAUGAUGCCUUCAUGUGUCUUAACCCUCCCAGCUGACCUUUGCUUGUUGUAGUAAUAGAGCUUAGACAACACAUUAAUUGUUACUUUUAAUUCAACCAGCAACAAGCUUUUGGCUUCUCCUACUGCAAUAAACUACUUCUGAAACAGCCUAGGUUUCAAAAGCAGCUUGUUCAUCAUAGCUGUAGUUAAGUAAAAAAGAUUCAGGGGCCUUUUUCAGAGUCUGCGUUGUUAUCUAAUUUGAAGAAUCAAGGAGAUUCCAUGUUAAAAUAGUUUCCUCGUUUGAUCAUUAACUAAUAGUUUCCUGUUUUUUUUCAUUAAUUGCUGCCCAUUUUGAGUGUAAAGGAGCAUUCUUUGCCCACAUGUGCAUGCUUCCAGCCUCACUUUUUGUAGAUACCGCAUGGCGUGCAUGGAAUUCAUACACAAGCCUGGGCUGCUUUACUUUCCUUGUUUGCCAAAGUGAUAGCAUUCAUUUGUGUUCUGCAUAUGUUUUAAACUUCUAUAUCUUUGACUAAAUUUGGAUGUGAGGAGAAGAGAACAUGGACAAAAGAUUCCCAUGGAAUUUUGCUACCAUCUUUAGAGAUGGUACCUUAAAAAAAGGAAUUAUUUGAAAAUCAAGUUCCCUAAUGAAACUUAAAACAAGAAGGCUACAGGAUUAUUUAAAGUCUACCUAAAGAACUUGGAAUGUAAACUGUUCCUUGUGUUUAAAGUGUUGUGCUUUCUUUUAAAUGGAUUGUUGUACUAACAUUUUUGAAGUGCACAUCAGAGAAGGAAACCUAUCCUUCAAGUUACACUAAUAACAAAAAUUAAACAAAUCUCAGAGUGCCUUUUUAUCUGUAUGCCUUAAUUUUUUUGUUUACAUAUUAAUUACAUUGUAUGAGGACAGUCAUUCACGACCAAUAAACAGACUUUGAAGCAUACAGAGCACCAAAUCUCAAACUGAAGCAAGCUGAGAUUCAUUAUCUAUAGUACACUUCAUAGACAAAGGUUGCAGGGAGCUUGAGUUGGUUGUCCAUGUUACGUGAACCAUGGUUUUUUCCAUUAACAAGUGCUUAAAGAUUUUUUUUUAAGUUACACAAAAAUCAAUCUUUCUCUUUUAAAAGUUGGGAUAUAGCAUUUAGGCAAAUCCAGCCAAACUAAGCAUAUUGAAGUCCUAGUGAUUUCAGGGAGAAAGUUGAGUGAGCACAAAUUUGAAUCUUAAUGUUGAAAUCUGUGGGUUGCAAGAUGCCCCCUGCUCCUGCCCCCCCAGAUACAUCUGCAUUCAGGUGAGCUGCUAAUGGCUACCUAUUUCUGAGACCGUUUUUUGUACUAAAGAAAAGUAUUUGCUUAUAACAGGCAGCAGUAUUGUUUCUGUACAGACAAAACAAAUGUGGUGUCAGUGAACAGAGUUCUUUUCAAGCAAUGCUGUGAUAUUAAAACAUACAUCUUCUUCCUGCCAUUGUCCAGAUUUAAUGCUGUACUAAUGAGUCAGCUGCCCUAGUAAUCUAUUCAGUCACCUAUUUACCAGAGUGUCUGAUGCCAGCUUAAAUUUUUUAAGAGAAUUGGUCAAAAUUUACAACAUAGUUCCUUUUUCAUUUUUAAAUAUAUUCUUGGAAAUAUCCAUGCUUAUGGAAAAAGAAAACUUUAUGUGCUUGAAUGUAAGUCCAUGUGGUUAUUUUUGGGAUAGCAAAGGUAUUACUGCCAGCACACCAAUACUUAAUUGCUGGUUAUUUCCUCACAUGUAUUUAUGGUACAUAUGCAUUUGCGAAUCACUGAAAACCAAAGCUUUUCUAUCCCUGUACACAGUGAUAUUUAUGUAGCUUAUUGACUGUUAUUUUGUUUUCCAAAUGUUUGUAUUUUUGUGCUGGAUAUAUAACUACCAGGGCUGGCCCAAUCACAUAAGCAACUCAUUGGGUUGUUUGGGCAGCAAUAUAUUUAGGGGUGCCAUGAAGCAACGUGCAAUCUGAGGGUUGUGCCCAGCCUCCUGUGAUAUAGCCAAGGUUUCUGGGGUUAUACCAUGCAGCCACUUGGGGGCAGCAAGAUAUUUUAGGCUGGUCCUGAUAAUUGUGGGUACUAGUCAGUGUGUUACUUCAGAUAGUUUAGCUCAUGUUUAGGGUAGUUAUGUACAAAACUGGCCUUGUUGAAAGAGCAAGGAGAUUUUAAUGCAAUUGCAGGAGUUAAAAUCAUGCCCAGGCCUAAGGGGAAAGAAAGAUGUUGCGGCAAACAUGGUGAAGAUAUGUGCAACAGUAUAUGCAAAAUCCAUUUAUCAUGUGGCAACUGUACUAAAAAACAGGUUGUGAUGAGGAAUGCUGGUUGUGCCACGUAAAUUCAAGCUUUUUCAGUUAAAGUGUGGUAUGGGGGAAAUAGUUCUUUUAAACAAUAGAUUAAAACUUAUGCAAACAGGAAUUUGUAAUUAAGUGUUAAGACACAAGUUUGCCUCGUUGCUGUUUGGCAUGCUCAGUAUGUCAUCGUGCACAAUCAUUCUUACAGAUCAUGUAUCUGACAUCCAUGAUUAACUGUUCUCAUACUGUUGGGCUGACAGAUAGUAGGCAGACCUUCAGAUUCACCUAGAGCAAGCAUUAAUGAAAACUGUUAAAACUCAAGGUGGUUCUGAAUAGGAGACAGAUGACUCAUGCUUAUCCAUCCGAUGAUCAUAAAGCUUAACGAAUUCUUCAAAAUGCAGCCACGCACACUGUGGCAUCACGUUAUAAUUUCCUUAUUUAAAUUAGAUCAAACCAAACUUGGCAACUGUCCACACUGGAAGAAUCAUUGUAAGGUAUCAAGCACUGGACAUACUAUUGUCUAAGGCUUUCACGG